UCAGCGACCUACAGAAGCUUCACAGUCGGCUCCUCCUCGGCUCUCCGCUCUGACUGCGUCACACCGUAUCCGGGGAGGAAAGUGGACGGAUGAUGAGGUGGUAUUACAGUGUUCAGCCACACUUCACAAGGAGCAGCAGAAACUGUGCUUGGCUGCUGAGGGAUUUGGGAACAGACUCUGCUUCCUGGAGUCCACCUCCAACUCCAAGGUACUGAUAUCCAUGAAUGUUCCGCCAGACCUGUCGAUAUGCACGUUUGUGCUGGAGCAGUCACUGUCCGUCCGUGCCCUGCAGGAGAUGCUGGCCAACACAGAGGAGAAGGCCGAGGGGCAAGUAGAUGUGGAAAAAUGGAAAUUCAUGAUGAAGACAGCGCAGGGUGGAGGUCAUCGCACUCUUCUCUACGGACACGCUGUCUUACUCAGGCACUCCUACAGUGGAAUGUACCUCUGCUGUCUGUCCACCUCUCGCUCUUCAACAGAUAAACUGGCGUUUGAUGUGGGGCUUCAAGAGGACACGACAGGUGAAGCCUGUUGGUGGACCAUACACCCUGCCUCCAAGCAGAGGUCAGAAGGUGAAAAGGUGCGUGUAGGUGAUGACCUCAUCUUGGUCAGCGUGUCCUCAGAACGUUACCUGCACUUGUCGUAUGGAAACGGCAGUUUGCAUGUGGAUGCAGCCUUUCAGCAAACCCUGUGGAGCGUAGCACCGAUCUGCUCUGGGAGUGAGGUCGCUCAGGGCUUCCUGAUUGGUGGAGACGUCUUGAGGUUGUUGCAUGGCCACAUGGAUGAGUGUCUGACUGUUCCGUCUGGAGAGCAUGGCGAGGAACAGCGCAGGACGGUGCACUAUGAGGGAGGAGCCGUGUCCACCCACGCCCGCUCCCUCUGGAGGCUGGAGACCCUGAGAGUAGCCUGGAGUGGUAGUCACACUCGAUGGGGUCAGCCGUUCCGGUUACGCCACGUGACCACAGGGAAGUACCUCAGCCUGCUGGAUGAUAAAGGCCUGCUGCUAAUGGACAAGGAAAAAGCUGAUGUCAAGUCCACUGCCUUCUGCUUCCGCUCAUCAAAGGAAAAACUUGAUUUCGGACUGAGGAAGGAGGUGGACGGGAUGGGCGUUCCUGAUAUUAAAUAUGGAGACUCGGUCUGUUACAUCCAGCACGUGGACACAGGGCUCUGGCUGACCUACCAGUCAGUGGACGCCAAGUGUGCUCGCAUGGGCGGAGUCCAGAGGAAGGCCAUAAUGCACCAUGAGGGUCACAUGGAUGAUGGUCUGACCCUGUCUCGCUCCCAGCACGAGGAAUCCCGCACUGCCAGAGUUAUCCGCAGCACAGUCUUCCUGUUCAACCGCUUUAUCAGGGGUUUGGACACUCUCAGUAAGAAAGGAAAAAGCUCCAUGCUGGAUCUGCCCAUUGAGUCAGUCAGUCUGAGUCUGCAGGACCUGAUUGGCUACUUCCAGCCACCGGACGAACAUCUAGAACAUGAGGACAAACAGAACCGGCUCAGAGCCUUGAAGAACCGACAAAACCUCUUUCAGGAGGAGGGAAUGAUAAACCUGGUGCUGGAGUGUAUCGAUCGCCUGCAUGUGUACAGCAGUGCUGCCCAUUUUGCUGACGUGGCGGGACGGGAAGCAGGAGAGGCCUGGAAGUCCAUCCUCAACUCCCUCUAUGAACUGCUGGCUGCUUUGAUCAGGGGCAACAGGAAAAAUUGCGCUCAGUUUUCCAGCUCACUAGACUGGCUGAUCAGUCGCCUGGAGAGACUGGAGGCUUCAUCAGGGAUUCUGGAGGUGCUGCACUGUGUUCUGGUGGAGAGCCCCGAAGCUCUAAACAUCAUCAAAGAGGGACAUAUAAAAUCCAUCAUCUCUCUUCUGGACAAACACGGACGCAACCAUAAGGUCCUGGACGUGCUGUGUUCUCUGUGUGUGUGUCACGGUGUGGCCGUGCGCUCCAACCAGCACCUGAUCUGUGAUAACCUGCUGCCUGGCCGAGACCUGUUACUGCAGACCCGUCUGGUCAACCACGUCAGCAGCAUGAGGCCAAACAUCUUCCUAGGAGUGAGCGAAGGAUCCGCCCAGUACAAGAAGUGGUAUUACGAGCUGAUUGUGGACCAUGUGGAGACGUUUGUGACGGCGGAGGCGACGCACUUGAGGGUGGGCUGGGCCUCCACACCCGGAUACUCGCCUUACCCAGGCGGUGGUGAGGGCUGGGGAGGCAACGGGGUUGGGGAUGACCUUUACUCGUACGGCUUUGACGGGCUGCACCUGUGGUCAGGCUGUAUUGAACGGAUGGUCAACUCCCCAAAUCAGCACCUGUUGUGCGCGGAUGACGUGGUCAGCUGCUGUCUGGACCUCAGUGCCCCAAGCAUCUCCUUCCGCAUUAAUGGUCAACCUGUCCAGGGCAUGUUUGAAAACUUCAACUCUGACAGCCUCUUCUUCCCUGCAGUCAGCUUCUCUGCUGGAGUCAAAGUGCGCUUCCUGUUGGGUGGUCGUCAUGGAGAGUUUAAGUUCCUGCCACCAGCGGGUUAUGCUCCAUGUUUUGAGGCAGUGCUGCCCCGAGAGAAGCUGAGAGUGGAACAGAGUCAGGAGUACAAACAGGACCAUGGAGGGACCCGGGACCUUCUGGGGCCAACGGUCACUCUCUCUCAGGCGGCCUUCACACCCACACCUGUGGAUACCAGCCAGAUUGUGUUGCCACCUCACCUGGAGCGAAUUCGAGAAAAACUGGCAGAAAACAUCCACGAGCUGUGGGUCAUGAACAAGAUCGAGCUGGGGUGGACAUAUGGAGCAGUGAGGGAUGAUAAUAAGAGGCAGCACCCGUGUCUGGUGGAGUUCUCCAAACUCCCAGAGCAGGAGCGCAGCUACAACCUGCAGAUGUCCCUGGAGACACUGAAGACUCUGCUGGCGUUAGGUUGCCAUGUUGGAGUAGCAGAUGAACGGGCUGUGGAGAAGGUGAAGCAUCUGAAACUCUCAGCAAAAUAUGAGCUGUCCAGUGGUUAUAAACCUUCUCCUAUGGACCUCAGUCAUAUCAAACUGGCAUCUACACAGGAAGCCAUGGUGGACAAACUGGCAGAAAAUGCACACAACGUGUGGGCCAGAGACCGUAUUCGCCAAGGCUGGACCUACGGGAUCCAGCAGGUCAGUCAAUGUGAUGUAAAGAACAAGAGGAAUCCACGGCUGGUGCCUUAUGCCCUUCUAGAUGAGAGAACCAAGAAAUCCAACAAGGACAGUCUGAGGGAGGCUGUGCGCACGUUACUGGGUUAUGGAUACAACCUGGAGGCCCCUGACCAAGACCACGCAGCCCGAGCAGAUACGAACAACAUGUCUGCAGAGCGUUUCAGGAUUUUCCGUGCCGAAAAGACCUACAGCGUGAACGCUGGGAAGUGGUAUUUUGAGCUGGAGGUGGUGACAGCAGGCGAGAUGCGGGUGGGUUGGGCCCGCCCGGGCUGCUUGCCUGACCAGGAGCUGGGCUCUGACGACCUGGCCUUUGUGUUUGAUGGGUUUAAGGCUCAGCGGUGGCACCAGGGGAACGAGCACUUUGGGCGUUCGUGGCUGGCGGGUGACGUGGUGGGCUGCAUGGUGGAUAUGAACGAGCACACCAUGAUGUUCACACUGAAUGGAGAGGUGCUGCUGGAUGACUCGGGCUCUGAACUCGCAUUUAAAGACUUCGAGAUCUGUGAAGGUUUCAUCCCGGUGUGCAGUCUGGGUGUGAGUCAGGUGGGCCGGAUGAACUUUGGGAAGAACGUGAGCACGCUGAAGUAUUUCACCAUCUGCGGCCUGCAGGAAGGCUACGAGCCCUUCGCCGUCAACAUGAACCGAGACAUCACCAUGUGGCUCAGCAAGAGACUGCCUCAGUUCAUCCCUGUACCAGCCGGCCACGAGCACAUCGAGGUCACGAGAAUUGAUGGCACAGUGGAGAGCUCGCCAUGCCUCAAAGUCACGCAGAGGUCGUUCGGAUCACAGAACAGUAACACGGACAUCGUUUUCUACCGCCUCAGCAUGCCCAUCGAGUGCGCCGAGGGCUUCGCCAAAUCCGCCGGCGGGACACUCCCGGCUAACGGCAGCUUCUUCUCCCCCAAGAAAGACCUGGAGGAUUUCGAGACCGUGUCGGACUUUGAGGUGCUGAUGAAGAGCGCUCACGGCCACAUGAGUUCAAACGGGCCGGAAAAAGACAAGGACGAGUUCAACAACCAUAAGGACUACAAUCAAGAGAAGCCCUCCAAACUCAAACAGAGGUUCAUGCUGAAGAGGUCGAAACCUGACUUCAGCACGAGCAACUCUUCAGCCCGUUUGUCUGAGGAGGUGUUGGCUGAUGAGAGAGAUGAUUACGAGUACCUCAUGCAGACGUCCACGUACUACUACUCGGUGCGGAUCUUUCCUGGUCAGGAACCGUCCAGAGUGUGGGUCGGCUGGGUGACCUCGGACUUCCACCAGCACGACCCGGCCUUUCAGCUGGAUAAAGUCAGAACGGUCACUGUCACCCUCGGCGACGAGAAAGGCAAAGUUCAUGAGAGUAUUAAGCGCAGCAACUGCUACAUGGUGUGGGCUGGAGAGAGUAAUAACCCCGGUCAGGGACGUAAUAACAAUGGUCUGGAGAUCGGCUGCAUGGUGGACACGGCCAGCGGCCUGCUCACCUUCACCACCAACGGCAAAGAGCUCAGCACUUACUACCAGGUGGAGCCCAGUACUAAACUUUUCCCUGCAGUGUUCGCUCAGGCCACCAGCCCCAAUGUCUUCCAGUUUGAGCUGGGACGCAUCAAGAAUGUGAUGCCGCUGUCAGCAGGCCUGUUUAAAAGCGAGAAGAAGAACGUUGUGCCUCAGUGUCCGCCCCGCCUGCACGUCCAGUUCCUCACACCAGUGCUCUGGAGCCGAGUGCCCAAUCAUUUCCUCAGGUCAGAAGUCACCCGGGUCAAUGAGCGGCACGGCUGGAUGGUGCAGUCCAUGGAGCCGCUGCAGUUCAUGUCCCUGCAUAUACCUGAGGAGAACAGGUCGGUGGACAUCCUGGAGCUGACGGAGCAGCGGGACCUGCUGAAGUUCCACUAUCACACCCUGCGUCUCUACUCUGCCGUGUGUGCGCUGGGCAACAACCGGGUGGCCGGCGCCCUCUGCAGCCACGUGGAUGAGUCGCAGCUUCUGUCGGCCAUCCAAAACAAGUACAUGCCGGGCCUGCUGCGCACAGGCUACUACGACCUGCUGAUUGACAUCCACCUGAGCAGCUACGCCACGGCGCGCCUGAUGAUGAACAGUGAGUACAUUGUGCCCAUGACAGACGAAACCAAGAGCAUCACACUGUUUCCAGACGAAAAGAAGAAGCACGGCCUUCCCGGCAUCGGUCUUAGCACCUCGCUACGCCCACGCAUGCACUUUUCCUCGCCUGACUUUGUCAGCGCUGUCACCGGUAGCAACGGAUGCAGCGUUGCCGGAGGCGACUGUUUCCAGUACAGCCCUGAGUUUCCCCUGGAGACGCUGAAGAGCCGCACCAUGGAGAUGCUGACUGAAGCAGUGCAGGAGGGCAGCCUGCACGUUAGAGAUCCAGUAGGGGGCAGCACUGAGUUUCUCUUUGUGCCACUCAUUAAGCUUUUCUACACGUUGCUGAUCAUGGGCAUCUUCCACAACGGAGACCUGAGGACCAUCCUGCGGCUCAUCGAGCCCAGCGUCUUUGCACAGGACUCCAGGACCGAGGGGGCGUCCAGAGCGCCAGACAAGGAUGGUAGUCCUGCAGAAAGUCCCACAGGAGGCCUCGGAGGAGGGGAGGAGGAGGCGAGAGCGAAGGGUGCCUUACCCAAAGAGGGGCUGCUGCAGAUGAAGCUGCCCGAACCGGUCAAACUGCAGAUGUGUCACCUGCUGCAGUAUCUGUGUGACUGUCAGGUCCGGCACCGUAUCGAGGCAAUCGUGGCCUUCUCUGACGAUUUUGUGGCUAACCUACAGGAGAACCAGCGCUUCCGCUAUAACGAGGUCAUGCAGGCGCUCAACAUGUCGGCUGCCCUGACCGCCCGCAAAACCAAAGAGUUCCGCUCACCGCCCCAGGAACAGAUUAACAUGCUGCUGAGCUUUAAGGAUGAAAAGCAGGACUGUCCGUGUCCAGAGGACAUCAGAGACCAGCUGCUGGAGUUCCAUGAGGAUCUAAUGAGCCACUGCGGUAUAGAGAUUGAUGAUGAUAAGGCAGGUGAAGCGGACAGUGAUUUCACCAUCAGAGGGCGUCUGAUGUCACUGGUGGAGAAGGUGGCCUACUUGAAGAAGAAAAUGGCUGAUAUGCCAAAGAAAAAAAAAGCCAAGAAACCCAGCACUCUGCAGCAGUUAAUUUCAGAGACGAUGGUGCGCUGGGCCCAGGAGUGCGUGAUCGAGGAUCCAGAGCUGGUGCGAGCGAUGUUCGUGCUGCUGCACAGGCAGUAUGAUGGCAUCGGAGGACUGGUCCGAGCGCUACCCAAAACAUACACCAUCAAUGCUGUCUCUGUGGAGGACACCAUCAACCUGCUGGCUUCUCUGGGACAGAUCCGCUCCCUGCUCAGCGUCCGUAUGGGCCGUGAAGAGGAAAAACUCAUGAUUCGUGGCCUCAGCGACAUCAUGAACAAUAAGGUGUUCUACCAGCACCCGAACCUGAUGAGAGCUCUGGGCAUGCAUGAGACCGUCAUGGAGGUCAUGGUCAAUGUACUGAGUGGAGGAGAGUCCAAGGAAAUCACGUUCCCCAAGAUGGUGGCCAACUGCUGCCGUUUCCUGUGCUACUUCUGCCGUAUCAGCCGUCAGAACCAGAAGGCCAUGUUUGACCACCUGAGCUAUCUGCUGGAGAACAGCAGCGUGGGUCUCGCUUCUCCGUCCAUGCGUGGCUCCACUCCACUGGACGUGGCUGCUGCCUCUGUGAUGGAUAAUAAUGAGCUGGCCCUGGCGCUGAGGGAGCCGGACCUGGAGAAAGUGGUUCAGUACCUGGCGGGCUGUGGGCUGCAGAGCUGCGUGAUGUUGGUGUCCAAAGGUUACCCUGAUAUAGGCUGGAAUCCUGUGGAAGGAGAGCGAUAUCUGGACUUCCUCCGCUUUGCUGUCUUCUGUAACGGUGAGAGUGUGGAGGAGAACGCGAACGUGGUCGUCCGGCUUCUGAUUCGUCGGCCUGAGUGCUUCGGCCCUGCCCUGCGUGGUGAGGGUGGGAAUGGGUUGUUAGCAGCGAUGGAGGAAGCUAUUAAAAUAUCAGAGGACCCCAGCAGAGAUGGACCGUCCCCUACAUCAGAGGACAGCAAAACACUAUGCAGUGAUAUGUUGGAGGAUGAGGAGGAUGACACCAUACACAUGGGUAAUGCCAUCAUGACCUUCUACGCUGCUCUGAUUGAUCUGCUGGGCCGCUGCGCUCCGGAGAUGCACCUGAUCCAUGCUGGUAAAGGGGAGGCAAUCCGUAUCCGGGCCAUCCUUCGCUCUCUCAUCCCCAUCCAGGACCUGGAAGGAGUCAUCAGCAUCCCCUUCCCCAUGCCCACUCUCGCUAAAGAUGGUUCUGUGGUGGAGCCAGACAUGUCUGCUGGGUUCUGUCCGGAUCACAAGGCAGCGAUGGUUCUGUUUCUGGACCGUGUUUAUGGUAUUGAGGACCAGAACUUCUUGCUUCACUUGCUGGAGGUCGGCUUCCUGCCUGACCUCAGGGCCGCCGCUUCAUUGGAUACGGCAGCUUUGAGUGCUACCGACAUGGCUCUGGCUCUGAAUCGGUACCUGUGUACAGCCGUGCUGCCUCUGCUGACCAAGUGUGCCCCUCUGUUUGCCGGGACGGAGCCGUUCGCCUCGCUGAUCGACUCCCUGCUCCACACUGUCUACCGGCUGUCCAAGGGCUGCUGCCUCACCAAAGCCCAGCGGGACGCCAUCGAAGAGUGUCUGCUCGCUGUGUGUGGCAAAUUGAGGCCUUCGAUGAUGCAGCAUCUACUGAGGCGUCUAGUGUUUGAUGUCCCCCUGCUGAACGAGCACACUAAAAUGCCCCUAAAGUUGCUGACUAACCACUAUGAGCGGUGCUGGAAGUACUACUGCCUGUCCGGUGGGUGGGGAAGCUUUGGCGCAGCAUCUGAUGAGGAGCUACACCUGUCCAGAAAACUCUUUUGGGGAAUCUUUGAUGCCCUGGCCAGAAAGAGGUACGAUGCAGAGCUCUUUAAGCUGGCUCUGCCAUGUCUGAGUGCCGUAGCUGGGGCUUUACCUCCAGACUACAUGGAGUCCAACUAUGUGGCCAUGAUGGAGAAGCAGUCGUCCAUGGAUGCAGAGGGCAACUUUAACCCCCAGCCUGUUGACACCAGCAACGUGAAUAUUCCUGAGAAGCUGGAUCACUUUAUCAAUAAAUACGCAGAGCACUCGCAUGAGAAAUGGUCGAUGGAGAAGUUUGCUAAUGGCUGGGUGCACGGGGAGCAGCUGUGUGAGGCAUCUAAAGCUCACCCCCUGCUGAAAGCUUACAAGGGGCUGUCUGAGAAGGAUAAGGAGGUGUACCGCUGGCCUAUCAGAGAGACUCUGAAGACCAUGCUGUCGUGGGGCUGGAGCAUAGAGAGGACAAGGGAGACUGACCCGGCCAGCUUACACAGCCGCACUCGCAGGAUAUCUCUCUCCAGCCAGCUGUCCAUAGAGGGCGCUCAUGGAUUCAGCCCCCGUCCAGUAGACAUGAGCAACGUGACUCUCUCCCGGGACCUACAUUCGAUGGCAGAGCUGCUCGCUGAGAACUAUCAUAAUAUCUGGGCCAAAAAGAAGAAGCUGGAAUUGGAAGCCAAAGGUGGAGGGAGCCAUCCGUUACUGGUUCCCUACGACACUCUAACCGCCAAAGAGAAAUCCAAAGACAGAGAAAAAGCACAAGACAUCCUCAAGUUCCUGCAAAUCAAUGGAUACACUGUAUCGAGGGCUAUGAAGGAGCAGGAACUCGACACCCCAUCCAUAGAGAAGCGCUUCGCCUACACGUUUCUACAGCAGCUCAUCACCUAUGUGGAUGAGGCCCAUGAACACAUGCUGGAGUUCGAUGUUAGCACACGACCAAAGGGAGAGAAAAUCCCUCACGAGCAGCAGAUGAAGUUCUUUGGAAAGGUUGUUCUGCCUCUUGUUGACCAGUACUUUAAGAACCACCGUCUCUACUUCCUGUCCACUGCUGUCCGUCCGAUUGGCAGCGGAGGCCACGCGUCCAAUAAGGAGAAAGAGAUGGUGACCAGUCUUUUCUGCAAACUGGGAGUUCUUGUCAGGCAUAGGAUAUCUCUGUUUGGAAACGAUGCUACCUCUAUUGUGAACUGCCUUCAUAUACUGGGACAGACGCUGGAUGCCAGGACGGUGAUGAAAACUGGUUUGGAGUCAGUGAAGGCGGCUCUGCGGGCAUUUUUCGACAACGCUGCCGAAGAUCUGGAGCGGACGAUGGAGAACCUGCGGCAGGGUCAGUUCACGCACACCAGAACCCAACCCAGAGGAGUCACCCAAAUCAUCAACUACACCACUGUGGCCCUGCUGCCUGUUCUCUCCUCAUUGUUUGAACACAUCGGACAAAACCUGUUUGGAGAGGAUCUUAUACUGGAUGACGUCCAGGUGUCCUGCUAUAGGAUCCUAAACAGCCUCUACUCUCUUGGCACCAGCAAAAGCAUCUAUGUAGAAAGACAGCGGCCUGCUCUGGGCGAAUGUCUGGCUGCAUUUUCUGGAGCGUUCCCUGUGGCUUUUCUGGAGCCUCAUCUUAACAAGUACAACAGCUACUCCAUCUAUAACACCAAAGGCUCCCGAGACAGGACAGCCUCUGGCCUUCCGACCCAGGUGGAGGAGGUGUGUCCUCUGGUGCCGUCUCUAGAAAAAGCUCUGGAGGAGAUUAUGGAGCUGGCAGAGUCAGGGAUGCGCUACACUCAGAUGCCCCACGUGAUGGAGGUAGUUCUACCCAUGCUGUGCAGCUACAUGUCUCACUGGUGGGAGCACGGACCCGAGAGCAACCCGGAGCGCUCCGAGAGCUGCUGCACCUCCCUCACCUCUGAACACAUGAACGCCCUGCUGGGGAACAUCCUCAAGAUCAUCUACAACAACCUGGGCAUCGACGAGGGCGCAUGGAUGAAGAGACUCGCGGUCUUCUCGCAGCCCAUCAUCAGCAAGGCCCGGCCGCAGCUGCUGAAAACUCACUUCCUGCCGCUGAUGGAGAAACUAAAGAAGAAAGCGGCCACCGUGCUGCUGGACGAGGAGCACACCAAGGCUGAGGGGCGGGGCGAGAUGUCUGAGGCCGAGCUGCUUAUCCUGGAUGAGUUCACCAUCCUGGUGCGGGAUUUGUACGCCUUCUACCCGCUCCUCAUCCGCUUCGUCGACUACAACAGAGCAAAGUGGCUGAAAGAGCCCAACCCAGAGGCCGAGGAACUGUUCCGCAUGGUGGCAGAGGUCUUCAUCUUCUGGGCCAAAUCACAUAAUUUCAAACGGGAGGAGCAGAACUUCGUUGUUCAGAACGAGAUAAACAACAUGUCGUUCCUCAUCACUGACACCAAGUCCAAAAUGUCCAAGGGGGCAGUGUCGGACCAGGAGAGGAAGAAGAUGAAGAAGAGAGGAGACCGGUAUUCCAUGCAGACGUCCCUCAUCGUGGCUGCUCUGAAGAGGCUGCUUCCUGUGGGGCUGAAUAUCUGUGCUCCUGGAGACCAGGAGCUAAUCGCUCUGGCCAAGAACCGCUUCACUCAGAAAGACACAGAGGAUGAGGUUCGGGAGAUCAUCCGUAAUAACCUCCACCUGCAGGGCAAGUACCGAGUCUUCCACUUCAAAAAGCUGGUCAAGCGGCUCAUCAUCGUCCUGAAGUGGAUGAAGAGUCGCCAGACCAAGCUGGCUGCCACCGAAAUGCCCCCCCACAAACGCAUGCCCCUUCGCAAGCGCUCGACCACCCUGGACUCCACACAUCGCACCCCGCGGGCGCUGCUAAGCGCCAUGAAAAAAUCGGCCUCCGUGGAUCACGCCUCCAGACACGGAAAGACCCCACCACGACCACCCGAGCAUCCUCCGGCCUCCAGGCUCCGUGAGAGCCACCUUACCCCACACAGCGUGUUUGGAUGUGGCGCGCUGCUGGAGGACCCUGCUAUUCGCUGGCAGAUGGCCCUAUACAAAGACAUGCCGAACCGCAGUGAGGACACAUCCGACCCUGGGAAGACCGUGGAGAGAGUGCUGGAUAUUGCUCAUGUGCUCUUCCAUCUGGAUCAGGUGGAACAUCCUCAGAGGAGUAAGAAAGCGGUGUGGCACAAGCUGCUGUCCAAGCAGAGGAAGAGGGCAGUGGUGGCCUGCUUCAGGAUGGCCCCUCUAUAUAACCUGCCAAGACACAGAGCGGUGAACCUGUUCCUACAGGGCUAUGAGAAGUCGUGGAUUGAGACAGAAGAGCAUUAUUUUGAAGAUAAGCUCAUAGAGGAUUUGGCUAAGCCAGGUGGAGAGGAACCGUCAGAGGAGGAUGAAGGGAUCAAACGCAUAGACCCCCUGCACCAGCUCAUCCAACUUUUCAGCAGGACAGCACUCACUGAGAAAUGUAAACUGGAAGAGGACAGCCUGUACAUGGCCUAUGCGGACAUCAUGGCUAAGAGUUGCCAUGACGAGGAGGAAGACGAGGAAGAAGAAGUGAAGAGUUUCGAACGUGAUAUUAUGAAAGAUUUAAGCCUCAAAAUUGCCAGCAAAGAAGAGCAAUCUCUGGAGAAAGAGAUGGAGAAGCAAAAGCUGCUGUACCAGCAGGCCCGGCUGCACGAUCGUGGCGCAGCUGAGAUGGUGCUUCAGACCAUCAGCGCUAGUAAAGGUGAGAUGGGACUGAUGGUGGCGUCCACACUAAAGCUUGGGAUUGCUGUACUCAAUGGGGGGAACUCUACUGUGCAGCAGAAAAUGCUGGACUACCUGAAGGAUAAGAAGGAUGUGGGAUUCUUUCAGAGCCUGGCGGGACUCAUGCAGUCCUGCAGCGUUCUAGACCUAAAUGCUUUUGAGAGGCAGAAUAAAGCUGAAGGUCUGGGGAUGGUGACGGAAGAAGGAUCAGUCAUCACCCAUGAGCGUGGCGAGAAGGUCAUGCAGGACGACGAGUUCACGUGCGACCUGUUCCGCUUCCUGCAGCUGCUCUGUGAAGGACACAACUCAGAUUUCCAGAACUAUCUGAGAACACAGACGGGAAACAACACAACCGUCAACAUCAUCAUCUCCACUGUGGACUACCUGCUAAGAGUGCAGGAGUCGAUUAGUGAUUUCUACUGGUACUAUUCUGGAAAGGAUGUGAUUGAUGAGCAGGGGCAGCGUAAUUUCUCCAAGGCCAUCAAUGUGGCUAAACAGGUCUUCAAUACUCUUACGGAAUAUAUUCAGGGUCCUUGCACCGGUAACCAGCAGAGCCUGGCACACAGCCGCCUGUGGGAUGCUGUGGUUGGUUUUCUCCAUGUUUUUGCUCACAUGCAGAUGAAGCUGUCCCAGGAUUCGAGUCAGAUUGACCUGCUGAAAGAGCUCAUGGAUCUCCAGAAGGACAUGGUCGUAAUGCUGUUGUCUAUGUUAGAGGGAAACGUCGUAAAUGGCACGAUUGGAAAGCAGAUGGUGGACAUGCUGGUGGAAUCUUCCAACAACGUGGAGAUGAUCCUCAAGUUCUUUGACAUGUUCCUCAAACUGAAAGACCUUACAUCAUCAGAUGCCUUCAAAGAGUAUGACCCAGAUGGGAAGGGAGUCAUCUCCAAGAGAGACUUUCACAAAGCCAUGGAGAGCCACAAGCACUACACGCAGUCCGAGACGGAAUUCCUCCUCUCUUGUGCUGAGACGGAUGAGAACGAGCUACUGGACUAUGAGGAGUUUGUUGAGCGCUUCCAUGAGCCGGCCAAAGACAUUGGUUUUAACGUGGCUGUCCUCCUGACCAACCUGUCGGAACACAUGCCGCACGACUCGCGACUGCAGACGUUCCUGGAGCUGGCAGAAAGCGUGCUCAACUACUUCCAGCCCUACCUGGGCCGCAUCGAGAUCAUGGGCAGCGCCAAGCGGAUCGAGCGGGUCUACUUCGAGAUCAGUGAGUCCAGCCGCACACAGUGGGAAAAACCACAAGUGAAGGAGUCCAAACGCCAGUUCAUCUUUGAUGUGGUCAACGAAGGCGGCGAGAAGGAGAAGAUGGAACUGUUUGUUAAUUUCUGUGAGGACACGAUCUUUGAGAUGCAGCUGGCCGCACAGAUGUCCGACGCUGGAGAGCGCUCGGCCAGCAAAGACGAGAGCGAGAGGGAGAAACCUGAGGACGAGAGCCCUGAGAUGGGCUUCUUUUCGGUUACUACUGUACGCACAGCCCUGAUGGCUCUCCGCUACAACGUUAUGCUCCUGAUGAAGGUGCUGUCCAUGAAGAGCCUGAAGAAGCAGCUGAAGAAGGCCAAGAAGAUGACGGUGAAGGACUUGGUGACCACUCUGGCCUCGUUCUACUGGAGCGUGCUCAUGGGUUUGCUCCAUUUUGCCUUUAGCGUGGCCCGGGGCUUCUUCCGCAUCGUUUAUAACAGCUUCUUGGGCGGCAGCCUGGUAGAGGGCGCUAAGACCAUGAAGGUGUCAGAGCUGCUGGCUAACAUGCCAGACCCUACGCAGGACGAGGUCCGAGGUGAGAGUGAGGAGGCGGAAAGGAAACCGACAGACAAAGCCUCGCCUGAGGAAGAUCUGGCAGACCUCGCAGUGGCCACGGACGACACUGACCUGCUGUCAGAUAUAUUCGGGCUGGAUCUGAGACGGGAGGGUGGGCAGUAUAAACUAAUGCCCCACAACCCCAAUGCCAGCCUGACGGAGCUGCUCAAUACACCAGUGCCACCACCCCCUACGCCCUCACCUGAACUCCGCAGGAGACACCAGACAAAGAGUUCGUCAUCAUCUACAGAUGAGAAAGAAGGGACGGAGGAGACCAAGUCCGUUCCUGAGAAAGCAGAAGGAGAGGAUGGUGAGAAGAAGGAAUUGCAGAAAGAAGUGCUGCAGAAACGGAAGUCUCGGCAGCACCAUUCGUCCAAAUCGGACGAGCCUGAUCUCCAGGAGUCUGCCUUCUGGAAGAAAAUCAUCGCUUACCAGCGCAAGCUGCUAAACUAUUUUGCACGGAAUUUCUACAACAUGAGAAUGUUGGCUUUGUUUGUGGCCUUUGCAAUUAAUUUCAUCCUGCUGUUCUACAAGGUGUCCACGUCCUCAGCAGUGAUAGAGGAAAAGCAGGUUAUUUACAGUGCGUCCCCAGACAGCGGGCUGCGUUGGGACCCUCUGAAUGAUUCACCCGCUGAUCGGCCUGUGACCGUGCACUUCGUACUGGAAGAAAGUAGCGGCUACAUGGAGCCGACACUGCGCAUCCUGGCCAUCCUCCACACUAUCAUCUCUUUCUUCUGCAUCAUCGGAUACUACUGCCUUAAGGUUCCCCUGGUGAUCUUUAAGAGGGAGAAGGAGGUUGCCAGAAAGCUGGAGUUUGAUGGAUUGUAUAUUACGGAGCAGCCAUCAGAGGAUGACAUCAAAGGCCAGUGGGACAGACUGGUCAUAAACACACAGUCUUUCCCAAACAACUACUGGGAUAAAUUUGUAAAGCGGAAGGUGAUGGAUAAAUAUGGGGAGUUUUACGGUCAUGACCGAAUCAGUGAGCUGCUGGGGAUGGACAAAGCUGCGCUGGACUUCAGUGAUGCCCAUGAGAAGAAGAAACCGAAGAAAGACAGCUCGCUAGCUGCUGUGUUGAAUUCUGUGGACGUCAAGUACCAGAUCUGGAAGCUGGGAGUCGUCUUCACAGAUAACUCCUUCCUGUACCUUGCCUGGUACAUGACCAUGUCCAUAUUGGGCCACUACAAUAACUUUUUCUUCGCUGCUCAUCUGCUGGACAUAGCCAUGGGCUUUAAGACACUGAGGACCAUCCUGUCUUCUGUCACUCAUAAUGGCAAACAGCUGGUCCUGACAGUGGGCUUGCUGGCGGUGGUCGUGUAUCUCUACACUGUGGUGGCCUUCAACUUUUUCCGCAAGUUCUACAACAAGAGUGAGGAUGGAGAGUCUCCAGACAUGAAGUGUGAUGAUAUGCUAACGUGCUAUAUGUUCCACAUGUACGUGGGUGUGCGUGCUGGUGGGGGCAUCGGUGACCAGAUCGAGGAUCCAGCCGGCGAUGAGUACGAGAUUUAUCGCAUCAUCUUUGACAUCACCUUCUUCUUCUUCGUCAUCGUCAUUCUCCUCGCCAUCAUUCAGGGUCUGAUCAUCGAUGCAUUUGGCGAGCUCAGAGAUCAGCAGGAGCAGGUGAAGGAGGACAUGGAAACCAAAUGUUUCAUCUGCGGAAUUGGAAACGACUAUUUUGACACGGUUCCUCACGGCUUUGAGACGCACACCUUACAGGAGCACAACUUGGCAAACUAUCUAUUUUUUUUGAUGUAUCUCAUUAAUAAGGAUGAAACGGAACACACGGGCCAGGAAUCCUACGUUUGGAAAAUGUACCAGGAGCGCUGCUGGGAAUUCUUCCCAGCCGGAGACUGCUUCCGCAAACAAUACGAGGACCAGCUCAACUAACACAACCGUCCACACACGACCACACACACACACACACACAUACACCCACACAAAUACACACAAACACACACAGAGAGACUUCUGUCCCUUGGACUUUGUUUCACCGUGAUAGUUACGGAGAAGGGACAACGAAUGCUUUUGAGAUUCUGUACAUACUGCUCCACUGUCUACCUGUACCCAGAAUACAUUGGGGCAGAGCAGAGAGAGAGAGAGAGAGAGAGAGAGAGAGGUUUGAGUCCUUAAAGCUUCUCCAUUCUACAUUUGCUUUAUAAAACUCACCAAAGUAAGCAAAAAAGAGAGCGAAGGAGAGGGGGAGCAGGAGCGAGGUAUGUGUGAAGGAGGAAGGGAAGGGAACUGGCACUUCCUAAGAGGAGGAGGGAGGAAUGAGAGUGAAAGACGGACCGUGUGAGUGUGUGAAGUGGUACGAAUGAAUGCGAUCAUCUCACUCAUCCUUGGCCUCUUUGUUUGUGUUUGUCAGGAUGGAGGGAUGAUAGUGAACACUGGAAUGUAUAUGGAUGGAUGAGUGGAUACAAAGCAGGAAGGCAGGCACGCUGAUAUUAGCCCGGGGCAACAGAGGGGACACAGUGCCUUACCAAGCAAAGGGUGAGCUAUGCAAGGUAGGAUAGAGAGAGAGAGAGAGAGAGAGAGAGAGAGAGAGAGAGAGAGAGAGAGAGUUGAAUAGGCAGAGAGAUAAGAGGGCUACACUGGGUACAGGUCCAAUAUCCUGCCUGAGCAGGAAUAUGUCUAGGAAUAUAUUUAGGAAUAUGUGUCUGUGUUUCUGAAGCGAUGAAGCGAGGCUAUUACCCUGUUUACACCUGGUCGUUUCAUGUGUCCUCUGCAUCGGUGGCAAUUUCAGAGGGCAUGGGCUCAUUAGCUCCCCUUAAACUAAAGUUGGAGGGCAGUGCCCGGUCAGCCUAAGCACCAAGCUUAAGGAAAGCCAUGGUAGUGAAACAACAUGGAAGAGUCUAAAAACAGUUGCUAUAGUUAAACUUGUACUUCACCGUUUAAAAACGUAAGUGCUUUUAAGCAUGCAGUGUCGCUACGACAACAAUCUGUGUACAUUUGACUCCGUGAUUACCCUGUUUGUUCAUAGCCAAGCAAGUUAGUCUGGAAUGGCAGGAACAACGGUACCGCAUUCAUUUAGCAUUUUUGCGGUUUUAAAAUAGGAAUUUGAUAGUGGGAUUGUCCUGAUGACCGGAUCACAGAGCUGUCACAAUAUAACUUUUAAUAAACCAAAAAAACAAAAUUAAUCAUUUUAAUUCACUCCUGCUUAUAUGACCACAUCCCUCCAAAAUUCAAAGGGAUCUGAGAAGCAUUUUAGUUAGACGCUAGGCAAGUGUAAAUGCAUCUAUCGCUCAGAACCACAGUUAAUAAACAAAAACCCUCCAAGUAUUGUAACUCCUCCCUCUGCGCACCUUCUUAUGGGACAAAAACACUCACUGGACUGCUGCGACUUAAUUAGAGGCACUGCUGCUCCUUCAGUUUAGCUCUUAGUGUUUCAGGCCAGAAUUCUUAGCACUAUCUGGUGCUUUUUUCCACAUCAUCUGGCCAAGAACUGCCUAUCUUGUCAGGAAGAGGCUGCUUGACUGACAUAAUGACCAAUCGCUACCCAGUGUUUUGGUGCAGCGUGUAUGGGGGGGUGAUGUUUCUUGCUGUCUUUUAGCAGGAAGCUGGAAUUUGGCUUGAAGAACUGUGUUUCCCGAUGGAAAAAUAUAGAGCACUGCAUGGAAGUGUGUACAUAGACGUGCAGAUCUCCAGCCAAUCAGAAGACAGCUGACAAAAUCUUGGUAGCUUUCUGUGCAAAAGAUAUCAAGCGCUCCAUUUCUGUGUGGGUGGAGCAUCUGAGGCUGAGACUGUUGACUCCUGACUCCUUCUGUGCUCUUCAGUGGCCCGAGCUGGUGAAAAUAGCACCAUGUAAAAAUGGGAUUCUCAGUUUGGUGUUUAUCUUUUGCAUAUUUGCAUAUAUAUUUGCAUAUUACUCGCCACACAACAAUCAGAUUUCAGUCAGACUAGCCAAAGAUGCAUUUGAUUACCAAAUGUACGCAUGUGGUUAAAAUCCUAUUAGGUCACAAUCCAGAUGCAAGUCACGUGGAAGAACCAGGUGUAAAGGGGAUCUGUACGACAGACCGAGGAAGGAGUUGAUAAGAGUCUAUCAAGUGCUACAGUAUCAAGAGAUACAAAGACUUGAGGCUUGGGUGGGGGGGUGACAGAGCGAGAUCGAGAGUUUGUACCCCUCAGGACUUCUGUCGGGUUUUUCAUAUCAGCAGCACCUCACCUCGUCUUGUUUGUUUCGUUUUUUUUCUUUCUUUAUUUCGGUAAUGCAUUUAUGCAACAGCAGAGUUAAAUGUUUAUAUCCAAGUUCUAGAAAACUAUCUCUGGAAAAAAAAGGAAAAAAAAAAAGUUUCAUUUUUUGCAUGUUUAUUAUGCAAGUUUAAGAGAGAACGUUUGAAAAAUUAAAGACGCAAGACGUGUUACCCACGUCGCACCGAAACAAGUUUUAUAGGUUUAAGGUCAUUUAAGGUAUCUCUUAUGCUAUCCAAGUGUUGUGGGCUUUCUUGUAUAUUAACAAACCCCAGCUGUCAUCAGCCAAGAAUACAUUUCUGGCCCAGGAGUCUGUCCAGGCUUUCUCCCAUGCCUUCCUCGAGACACUGUAGAAAACGCGUAUCUCCAUCUGAAUGAAGUUUGACCCACGCCGAAGCAAUACUCAUUCAGGGAAGACAUCCAGGCCGGCCUUUGGAGUCAGCAGUGCGUGAAGCCCAGAAACCUUCAUGCUGUUUUUCUGCUUGCUCCAAAACAGGAGGACCAAAACGAGCUUUUAAGAAGAAAGACCUGACAUAAAAUCCCAGAGCACUGGAUACGUGUAUCAUAAGCAAAGUAUUACUGCAUUAUGGUAGAUUAUUGCUUAUUAUAACAUCCCAUCUUUAAACCAACCAUUGCACUACUUUUCUUUGUUGGUCCGUUUGUUUGUUUCCAUGCCCUUACCAUGUACGACGGAUAAGCGCUUUUCAUACUUGUCUCACACGGAAUAAUGUGAAAACCAUUGCAAUAACAACGACUUCGGCUCAAGCCAAUCUAUAUGAUAUAAGUGGAAUUUUACUCAUGUAAAGAAUUUUGAUAACAAAGAUCGUGGAUUAAAAAAUAAAAAACAAACCUCAUAGGAAAAUAACCUGUCACAAUUACAUGUGCUGUUCAGAGUUGUGAAUACAUAACUGUGUGUUAAACCUGUAAAGGAAACUCAAAGACAACAAUGGACUUGCAUGAUUUUGAAAAAUAAAUGCUUAUUUAUUGAAGAUUGUA